AUGAUACAUUCAACAACAUCCGAUAUUUAUAUUAAUACAGAAAAGGCUAUCGCACACCGACGAGUUGGUAUAUAUUCAUUUCAGUUGAAAGAAGAAAUCGUCUAUUCAAUUGUACCUAUCAAGAAUGUAUGUACUGAAUCGCCUUCAACGAAUGUUUGUGCGUUUACGUCCAAUCCAGCAUAUCCAAAUAUAGUGGAGAUUUCUACGAUAUUACCAUCUCGUGAUAAAGACAACGCUUUACCACGAUACGACACAAAUCAUAUUUUUAGUUCAAUUAGAAGUAAUCUUCAAAAAAUGCCUCAGCUUCACCAAUCUUUAGAGCAGAUAGCAAAACAAGAUUUUAUUACUCAUCUCGUUGGAGAGCAGUUUCACGGAAUAGAACAUAUACAAAAAUUACCACAAUACUUGACAAGUACUCAGAUUGAAAAUGGUAAACCCAAUAUAUUUCAGAUUUCAUCGACAACAUUGGUCAAUGUAUUUAAACAAAUAAAUAACAACAAAAUUACAUUUGAUUUUCUUACGGAUAUUGAACUGAGAUCGUUCUUGCUCGCUACAAUUUCGAUGAUCGACAAUUCAUAUCAAAUUAUUGAUUUAUCGGAAUCAUUGGUCAAUCCAUUUAUAUUCUUCGUUCAUGUGGUGAUAUUAACAAACAAAAAUGAUAACGUACCAUUAGUCUACCAGCUGACUCCAUUACCAGCCAUUGUCAAUCGUGAGCAAUUUAUUUACUCAAAUAUACCUCGUAUAGUUGCUCUAAAUACACAAGAUCAGACGGUUAUGACAUGGAACACCAUUCCAAACAAGAAUGAGUGUCUUUUUUCAAUUUUUGUUUAUUGUUCAAAAAGACCGCCGCUCGUUCGACUCAGUCAGUUGCCUUGUUUGUCACAGUUGUUAUAUGACGAUAAAAAGACUGUCAGUUCAUGUGACAUCACACGUAUCUUAGAUGUAGAAACGAAACUUAUCAAUAUCGUAGAUGAUGUUUGGCUUUUUUCUCAUGAUGGACCGCCAAUGUACUGUCAAUUACAACCAAAUAUUGAACCACACAGUGCUUUUGCCAUUAUCAAUGGAUCAUCGCUUCUCCGAUUACCUUGUGAACAAACAAUGACUUGUUCGGACAUUAAGAUGCUUUCAUCCAAUUGCAUUCACCGCAAAGUUUUAAUCAAAUCAUCGACCACUGACAAAUAUGAGUUUCUAUCAACUACACCGCUCUCACUCCAAAAUAUGAAUAUACAACUGCUUUCCACUUNCAAAAAUAGUUGA